CUGUGUGCACCCAGGAUAAGGACCAAGGGUUAGCAUAUAGUUAGAUGCCCUGGAACUAUAGAUUGAAAAACUGUUUUAAUGAUGAUCUAAGGAACUUUUGUGAUUAAGAGUGGAUAUCUUGGGUGUUAUAUGUGGUUCAGAGGGAGAUGGCUGUUCAGGCUGCCAUCAUGAACUCACAGCUCCUAAAUUUCUGUUUCCCUGGUUCAGUUAUGGAGUAUGAGGUGGAGAAGGGUCUGGAUGGGGCAUUCCUGGGUGAAGUGGACUGUGAGGGUGAGUUCAGGGAGGCAACCAGUGACUUGCUCAGCUUCAUUGACUCUGCUUCCAGUAACAUCAAACUGGCCCUGGAUAAGCCAGUCAAGUCCAAGAGGAAAGUCAACCAUCGCAAGUAUCUACAGAAACAAAUCAAAAGAUGCACAGGAAUCAUAGGGCUGGGGAAUGGAGCACAACAGGAGGCUUGCAAAAGUCAUGACUCUACGCCAACUCCAACUAGCAUCAUCCAGAACAAAACACCGAAGCGGGAUGGAGCUCAGGCCAACCUGCAGAGCAAAAGUCUGGCUGCUCUCUUCAAUCAUGCCAAGGAUUUGCGAGGGGAGAAAACAAAAAAGCCUCCACUGCGACAUCGAAACCUGCCGCCAUCUUUCUUCACAGAGCCAGCCAACAAUGCCAGAGUUACGUCCACUUCUGGAAUGUCCCUCAAAGAUCUUGAGCGGGGAAAUCCAGAUGCAACAGAGUUCUUUGAGCUCCUGGGGCCUGACUACAGCAACAUGGUCUCUGAGCAGGAGCUCUUCCAUACUAUGCCUAACAGGGUCCAACAACAGGGAACCACAGGACUGGAACCAAUCUCUUUUGAUUCCCACAGUUUGCUGACAGGUGGUUUUCUGUAUGCAGAACCAUGGGCCACAAAUAGUGGGGUGUCCAAAAAAACAGGGGACAUAAAGACAGAUCCAGGGCAGUCAUCUCUUUAUGGGAACACAGACUCAUCUUGCCCAGUGCCUCUGGAGCAAAACUCUACAUGUUCGCUGAACUUCCAAAACUUCUUUACAGACUGCUCUGUUUCUCAGGUCUCAUAUGAUCUGGCUAGUGGAUACAGUCGAGGUAGUUUUCCAUCUCUUUAA